AUGAGCUUCCGGAGAUGGACGAACACUCGAAACAGCGACGACGUACUGCAGGUGAUCAUCCCCUCCAUGAAUGGAUACCUCAUCAUGAUGAAUGGCUUGCAGAGCUCUUGCGCCAUAAAGGCCAUUGUGGAUAUACAGAGGAGAAAUGUCAACGCUGUCAAGCCGCCACAGCCGAGAUCCGUUGUGCAGAGCCCAUACCACCAUUUGAAGGUAUGGGCACAAACACAUUUCCGGUGCAAGACUCUCAAGGACGCUGGCCUCCGCAUUCAGGUCGGACACCCAUCGGGCAUACGCUGCUGCAAUCCUGAGCGAGCCUGGGGAGAUGACUUCAUAGUAAUGGAUAUAUCUGGCAUCCAUACCGUCGGCCUCAAUUUCUGCAACUGCAAAAUGGCUCAACCCCACGACAUUCAGCUCCUGCACGUGCAGUUAUUUCCUGCCACAAGCAACAACCCAAAGACAGCUGCAACCUUCCGGCUGCUCGAGCACUUCCACCUCCUUUCAAUGCAGGCAAACAUCUCUGGUUUCCAAUUCUAUUCCAUGCUUGAGCGACGCACCGAUAAUACAGGCCUGCACACACCCAAGGAUCGGUACCCUGAGCUGAUGCAAAUGAUGCGUCAGUGGCGACACCUCAAGAUGCUGAAGCGCUUUGGCUGUGGCCAUGAUCCAAGUGGAGUGUCAGGGACUACGCCCAGCAGUUGUGUCGUCGAAUGUCCGGCGUGCCCUCACCCUGACAAGAACCUCCCUGAUGAUUGGAAGGAAGCUCUGCCCGAGCACAGGUGGCUCUAUCGGCUAUUCCUCGGCAUGGACGCAAACUUCCGGCUCAAGAGGAAGAAUGUCUCAUCUGAUGCUGCUGACCCGGGACUCAAUACAGGGAUUGCCUUCUUUGUUGAGGAGAAGCAAUAUAAGGCGCAUAUCAAGACGUAUGGCAAGGUCAUCAAGGAGGACACUAGUACAUGUAACAACCAUGAUGCGGUGAAGCUCACCAAUUUGAAGGGUUCUCAAGCUGUCAACCCUUUCACUUCCAGCACCAAGGAGAUGGGUCCUGGUUCUCGUCGAGACUUGCUGGAUGACAUCUUUGGUACCUACAAUUGGAACAAGAUUACUCGCAUUGCAGAAUCCAUGCUCACAAAGAUCAAAAACGCGAUUGAAGAGCGCAGCACCCACGUUGCUGCCUUCAAGGAGCUUUCUGCGGCUCUUCAUACAGAGCACGUAGCAGAGUGGACUGUGGCCAUCACCGCAUGGGAGAGGAAUCCAUCCAAGCCAAAUCCUUUCCAGAUUACGCAAAGCGCCAUCACUCAGGCGAGCGUACGUCUCCAAUUAGCAGAGAAGGAUGCGGCGCAUCUUCGGGAUGGUGAGGUUACCACGGUUCAUGACAUGAUUUCACCGAGCAUGAUGAUCACGAGUGGCAUAGAGUUGGAAGAAAUUCAGCGUCGAUUGCACGAAGACACAGAUGAAUUAGGCUCACACUCCACUGACCUCCAGUGUGCAAAGGUGCUCGAGCGUUGGAAUACACUCCAACGUCGCUAUGAAGCAUGGUCAGAGGUUCAGCAGCUGUAUAUGCCAGCAGUUGCAAUCUUGCGUUCACAGGACUCCGACACGAGGAUCAGGGAGUUCAAGAAGCACUAUGUGUCGAAUGGUGCAGAACACGGGCACGGGCCCAUCAUUGGUCUGAAGAAUGUCAAUUACUGA